CUCCUCCAAUCUGUCCCCGUGCGUGUCCCACUAAAGCGAUUUCCGCGCAUGUAGGCAGGGACUCGUCCCCACGGCGGCGGAUGGCAACAUGGCGACAGAGUUCCACAAUCUGCAAGAGUUGAGGCACAGUGCAUCUCUGGCGAAUAAGGUCUUCAUCCAGAGAGACUACAGCGAAGGGACCACCUGCAGGUUUCAGACCAAGUUCCCUUCCGAGCUGGAGAGCAGGAUUGAGCGGAAACUGUUUGAGGACACCGUGAAGACGCUGAAUAAUUACUACACAGAGGCAGAGAAGAUCGGAGGCCAGUCCUACCUGGAGGGAUGUCUGGCCUGCUCCACAGCGUACCUCAUCUUCCUCUGCAUGGAGACACGCUAUGAGAAGGUGUUGAAGAAGAUAUCCAAGUACAUUCAGGAGCAGAACGAGAAGAUCUUUGCCCCCAGAGGACUGCUCAUCACAGACCCCAUAGAAAGGGGAAUGCGUGUCAUAGAGAUCUCCAUCUAUGAAGACCGGGGCUCCAGUGGCUCCAGCUCGGGGAGCAGCUCCGUGUCCGGCAGCACCGCGCGAUGACUGGCUACUUCCUGUCCCACCGUGUCCCCCUGAUCACUCACAGACCUGGAGGCCCACUAAGGACAAUGAUGCUCCUCCUCCUGACCCAACACUCACAUCCCAAACCUACGCUCACACAAAGCAUCCUAUAGCUUUCAAGAUUUCACAUGCUAAAGGUGUUUAAGCUUUUAAAUCACGCACUGUAGAAGUUUAUUUUGCAUGUGCCGACUGUGGUACUGUCAGAUGCAAUGUCUCAAUGCAAAGAAGAACACAUUGGCUAAGUAUACUUUGUGUGAUCGUCCCAUGACCUCCCUUCCUUCCUCUUUGAAAGAAGGCAGGACCACAAACAUCAUACCUCAGCUGCACCACACCGGACCAAACUGGACUGAAUCCAACACUAACCCUGCGCACCAGGCACCUGCUUUAAAAUAAGUUAUCUGUAGCUCCAGCUGAGUUUCCGUACAGGUAUUUGAAGGCAUCGUAACGUUUCGCCCCCCAAGAUUAAUUGUACAAAAAAGCCUCCUUCACCUAUGAUGUAAAUCACGCUGUCUGGUAGCAGAUGAAUGUCAAUCAGCCGUCUAUGUAUUUCAUGUUGCAGAUCUUCCAUGUCUUUCACAUGAAGCCUAUAUUUUCUUUUAGUCACAUAAACAGACAAGCGCAGUACUAACCUCUCGGUUUUAAUGAGUAAGCCUACAUUUGAUUAUGCAAAGACAUACUGUGCAUUGAAAGUAGACAAAGAAUGGGUCAAAAAGUCUUCCUGAAUUUUACUUAGUAGUGUUUUAAAAUACACCAGUCCUUCCUUGAUUUCCAAAUGAACUUCCAAAGAUCCAAAGCUGCCAAAAAACUGGCUCUCAAAUGUGAAUGUGUGUUUUAUUUUGUUGACAUUUUGUGCAAGAACAAACUUUCGUACUGCUUGUUUGAUACGUGGCAAUGAGGUGUGUAUGACUGCGUCAAAUAAAAACUGUUUCAUCACA